UCGGGAAUAAUUAGGGCUAGGGCUAAAUAUACUCACUCCAGUUAUGGAGUAUAAAACUCUGUAAAGCUUCCGUUUUGAUGCUGCCCUCUUUUGAUUCGGUACAUAUUGUGAUACUCUGUUGUGUUUCUCAUGAGUUAUUGAUGAGUUUGAUUGUGAUUCAAGGAAGGCGAUGAUAUUUUCGCAUCCAAUUGUGGUGUGAGAAGUGAAAUUUGAUGCUCCAAUUAGAGAUUGAAAUGCGCGGCACAGUGGAUUUCUGAGGUUUUCCAGCUGUUGCUUGAAUUUGCUGGCCCAAUACGUAAAUGCUAGGGCUUUAUUUUGGGGAUUUUGCAAUUGUGAGAAGUGAAUGUACCGACUUGGCAUGGAUUAUACGCACGAAAGUGGAAUAGUGCUGAUUCCGACUCGUUUUGUGUGGCCUUAUGGCGGGAGGGCUGUGUAUAUAAGUGGCUCAUUUACAGGGUGGACGCAAUGGCCAAUGACACCUGUUGAAGGUUGCCCAACCGUGUUUCAAACUAUUUGUAGCCUGCCUCCCGGUUAUCACCAGUACAAAUUUGUUGUUGAUGGUGAAUGGAGACACGACGAUCGUCAGCCUUCUGUUAGUAGUAAUCUUGGAACUGUGAACACUAUUCUCUUGACAACGGAAUCUGCAAUGCUAACCCCACAGAUGCCUCCAGCUGGUCCUGGCUUCAGCAUGGAUAUAGAUAAUGGGCCCAAUCAGCGUGUGGUUCCACUGCCAGAUGUCACAUCACGUGAGUCCUUCCCAGUGAUAUCGGAAUCAGAUUUAGAGAUUUCUCGCCAUCGUAUUGCUGUAUUUAUGUCGACACACAUGGCCUACGAAUUGCUUCCCGAGUCUGGAAAGGUUGUUGCCUUCGAUGUUGACUUGCCUGUAAAGCAAGCAUUCCAUAUUCUGCACGAGCAGGAUGUCUCUACAGCGCCUUUGUGGGACUUCUCAAAGAGCCAGUUUGUCGGAGUUCUCAGUGCACUGGAUUUUAUUUUAAUUAUGAGAGAGCUUGGAACUCAUGGUUCCAAUUUGACUGAGGAAGAGCUUGAAACACAUACCAUAUCAGCAUGGAAAGAAGCUAAAUUAUAUCUGAAUAGUCAAGUGAAUGGCAGCGGGAGUGGUGUUUCAAGGCAGCUUGUGCAAGCUGGUCCAGAUGACAGUUUGAAAGACGUUGCACUGAAAAUUUUGCAGAAUGGUGUUGCUACCAUUCCCAUUCUUCAUUCUUUAUCAGUGGAUGCCUCAAACCCGCAUCUGUUGCAUCUUGCUUCGCUUUCUGGGAUCCUUAAGUGUAUUUUCCGAUUCUUUAAGCACUCACCUGCCUCAUUACCGAUUCUUCAAUUACCAAUUGGUGCAAUCCCUGUCGGUACUUGGGUUCCUAAAAUCGGAGAACCAGAUGGGCGGCCAUUGGCAAUGUUGAGGCCAAGUGCUUCACUCAGUGCCGCCCUGAAUUUAUUACUUCAAGCUCAAGUUAGUUCUGUCCCUAUUGUUGAUGAUAACGACUCUUUAUUGGAUGUAUAUGCUCGAAGUGACAUAACUACUUUGGCAAAGGACAAAAUUUAUACACACAUUAAUCUUGAAGAAACAACUAUUCAUCAGGCGUUGCAGUACCGAGACGACCCAUUUUCAGCACCCGGACCCAACUCUCAGAGAUGCCAUAUGUGCUUACGGACCGAUCCACUUAUUAAGGUCCUAGAAAGAUUGUCCCAGCCAGGAGUUAGGCGGCUUAUCAUUGUCGAAGCUGGGAGCAAGCGUGUGCAAGGUAUCGUUUCACUAAGUGAUGUAUUUCGAUUUCUAUUGGGUAUAUGAGUGGUGGCGAUGAAAGAUACGUGCUUCGUGUACGCCCCCAUCCCUUGUGCAAUGAAGAUACUCGAGGCUCAUGAGUUGGUCUUGGGAUUCACCGUGUCUGCUGAUCUCGAUCUCCCUCGGGUGAUAGAAGAGACUCGAGGGUGACUAACCGGCGCCCGCCUCCUGCAGUUAUGGUGGGAUCUAAUAACAGGAAAAGGUCAUUGGAUACAGAUUCAUGUAUUUUUGACGUUUGAUUUUUCACUUUGUUGCUUUGGAUAACAGUUUCAACUGAGUGCAGUGUAACUCAUUUAGUGUUGAUUUUUCAAAAGAUGCUGCAUUUCUUGCAGUGGAUCGACGGAAACAAGUAUUCUCAUUUUUUCUCCUUUUAA